UGGUCUAAUAAGUAAAGGUAUUUAUUCUGCUUCAAGAUACAAGGCCUGAGCCCAGCAACAGAACCAACAAGGCAGAAAUCUUCAGCUUGCAAAAAUGGACGGGCAACCAGAUGUUAGGAUAACCAACCUCAACCUGCAUAAAGGCCACCGUGUGGAAGUGAGAGGACGUAUUACAAAAGGCAGUAACGGGUUUGCUAUUAAUUUGGGAAAAGAUGCCAAGAAUUUGAUCUGUCACUUAAACCCUCGAUUUGAAUAUUCUGUGGAUAAAAACACUAUCAUUCUUAACUCACGGCAAAAUGAUGUUUGGGAGACUGAACAGAAGGAAGCAGCAUUUCCAUUCAAGGCAGGUUCAGAAACCAUGCUGAUCUUUGAUUUUGAAGACUGCAUAACCGUGCAUUUACCUGAUGGCAAAGAAAUCCCGUUCGCCUGUCGGUUCCCCAUUGACGUGAUUAAUUACCUGGCUCUCGUUAACAUUGAGCUAAUUUCAAUCUCAGUUCAUUAACAGACCUGUAAGGAUAAAGCAAAAAACGAAAAUCCGACUUUGGCCGAUGACACAGAUACCUAAUGAUCCUGUUAUAGAUUAACAUUAUAUUUCAUAGCCUGCACCUCUUCAUCUGCUUUUACGCUAUUGGCUGCUGCUUUUCACCGAAACACUGAUCUGCUGCAAAGUGUAUCACUUCAUUAUUCUAUCCAUUAGAAAAUGGAUGUUACCUUAUAUUUUAGAAUGUAUACAAUGUCUGAUCACAGUUACUAAGGCAAUAUUUGCUAGCUGAAUAUUCACCUGCACUCACAAUAAAGUCUCAUUGCAUCA